UAAUAAACCCACAUUUUCUCUCUCUCCCACUUUUCAAGAAUCAUCUCUUAGAUUCUUCAAUGGCCUUGAGAGCUGGACCGGUUUUCUGUGAACUUAAACCACAAACUCAGAAGGCUGAACCGGCCGGUUUUAUGCCGGUUCAGAAGUUGAGAGUUUCAGAACCGGGGCAGGAGAUUGGGAAAAUCAUGUUGCAGCCUAGAUUGACUACUUUAAGAUCAUUCGGGUCGGAUCCUGUCGGAGUGAUAAAGACGAAGAACGGAGGUUUUAAUGGCGAAGAUAAUGAGGUUUCGCCUUUUUUCGCUACGCUAUCGGAGUAUAUUGAGAGCUCUAAGAAGAGUCAUGAUUUUGAAAUUAUAUCUGGUCGACUUGCCAUGAUUGUGUUUGCAGCAACAGUGUCUAUGGAAUUUGUGACUGGAAAUUCUGUAUUCAGAAAGACUGAUUUUCAAGGAAUAGCUGAAGCUACUGGGGUUUGUAUUGGUGCAGUGGCUUGUGCUGCUCUUUUUGCUUGGUCUUCCAGUUCCCGCACCCGUGUUACCCGAAUUUUCACCCUUGGUUGCAACACCUUCAUCGAUUCCUUAAUUGAUCAAAUCGUCGAUGGCUUAUUUUAUGAAAACGAGAAUAUUGAUUGGACUGAUGAUGAUAUCUAGACCACAAAAAUUGAAAAAAAGAAAAGAAAAAGGAAGUGUUAUAAUUAAGUAGUUGAUUUUAUCUAAUGUUUCAAGUACUCAUCAGACCUAGUCCCUAAAUCCCUAAACUAAAUAGGACGCUUAUAAUCGCGAUCAUGCCGCAUCAGCUAUUUCAGUUACUACUACCUGUGUCGCACCUACAGUGAUGAUAAGACUUUCGAAUAAGAAAGAUCAAUCCUGAAUAAGCUUCAACGGAUUCUCAUUAUAAAUCUUUUUACAAGUAAGGAGCUAUCUAUAGGAAGAUAAUUGUCAGGUCAGUAUGGUCGGAAAGAAGCUUGCUUACUAUGUUGUAAAUAGAUAUUAUAUAUAUAUAUAUUUAAAUUAUUAUUAUUAUUAUAAAGAAAGUUAUAGUACAAUAAUAAUAGACCAUCAAAAGAGAAGGAUGCCAUAAGUGAAAAUGGCAAUAUGAAGUUGUUAUCAAAUAUUUUUCACUUUAUGUAUAUUUGUUUGAGAUUUAUGGAGAGAAUGUGUUGUUCUCUAUUGGGACAUGAAA